AUGGCGCUGCAGGACAAGCCAGGACUGCCGCUCUGCAGAAAGGUUUGCUAUGCUGUUGGGGGCAUUCCCUACCAGAUGACAGGCAACGCCCUUGGGUUUUUCCUCCAAAUCUUCCUCUUGGAUGUUGUGCAGCUGGAGCCAUUCCAUGCCUCUCUGAUCAUUUUCCUUGGAAGAGCCUGGGAUGCAGUUACUGACCCUGUUAUUGGCUUCCUGGUCAGCAAAAGCCCGAGGAGAAAAUGUGGCAAGCUGGUCCCAUGGAUUGCAUGCUCCAUGCCAUUCGGGGUGCUCUGCUACUGCAUGACGUGGUUCACCCUCUCAGAUGCCACCCCCACCUCCUUGAAAUUCCUGUGGUACCUCUUCAUGUACAGCUUCUUCCAGACUUGUAUGACUUGCUACCACGUGCCGUACUCUUCCCUGACAAUGUUCCUGGGAGGAACCCAGAGAGACCGUGACUCAGCCACUGCCUACAGAAUGGGGAUGGAGGUGUUCAGCACGCUCCUUGGGUCAGGAAUCCAGGGGCAGAUUGUAGGCAGUUACCAUGCCCGCAUGAUGAACGGCUGUUACGUGUCAAACGAGACCCUGCCCAACACCAGCACCUACGGCCUCACGGACUCUCUGGAGAACACGCGUAGGGCCUAUGUAUUUGCAUCCCUGGUCCUGGGCUCAAUCUAUUGCCUCUCCUGUCUGAUUCUCAUCUUUGGAGUCAGGGAGCAGCCUGGGCUCCUCAGCCCCCUGGGGAAGGUUGAGCUGCCCUUUGCCAGCUGCCUGAGGAUGAUCGUGGGACACAAGCCCUACACCCAGCUGCUAUGUGGCUUCCUCUUUGCGUCCCUGGCCUUCCAGAUCACACAGGGGAUCUUUGCCUUCUUCUGUACUCAUGCUGCGGGGCUGGCUGGGAAGUUCCAGCAUUUGGUGCUUAUCAUGUUGGUCACAGCUUCCCUCUCUAUUCCCUUUUGGCAGUGGUUUUUGGGGAGAUUUGGAAAGAAAACAGCAGCAUCACUGGGCCUGGCGCUGAUCAUCCCAGCCCUGGUAGCCAUCACCCAGGUGAUGCACAACUUCCUGGCCUUCGUCUUCCCGGUGAUCGUAGCAGGCUGCAGCAUGGCUGUGCUCUACCUUUUACCAUGGUCCAUGCUGCCAGAUACGGUGGACGACUUCAUGCUGAGGAACCCCAGCUGCCUCAACCUGGAGGCUCUCUUCUACUCGUUUUACGUCUUCUUCAACAAGUUUGCAGGUGGCCUUGCCGUGGGAAUAUCGACACUGAGUUUACAUUUUGCAGGUUACCGUUCUGGAGACUGCACAUACAACCCCUCCGUCAUCCUCGCCCUGCAGCUUCUCAUGGCCCCAGUCCCAAUAAGCCUGCUGCUCAUUGCCAUAAUCAUCUUCUGCCUCCAUCCCAUUGAUGAGGAGAGGAGGAAGCAGAUGAGAAUCGAGAUAGAGGCAAUGGGGCAUCGGGUACAGUGCGGCAGCUGAGAAUAAACCCAGGGCUGAAGUGGGUGAGUUCAUCGGGAACCGUGCUGUCAGGAUGUGCUGCUGUCAGGGAAAGUCGUUGCUUCCUGU